GUGAAUUUGGGGAUGGGGCGGAAGUCAAGAACCACUCCUCGAUUCCCGUCCCCACUUUUCGGCGGUGCGGGGGCUCCCCGGCUUGGGGUGGGGGGGAUUCAAUGGCGGCUCUACUCGGAGUAUUACGGCGGCGGCGGCCGGGCUGGGCGGCUUCCUGCGGCCGCGGUGAAUGAGUCCGUCUGCGCUGCCGCCGCCGCCUCCCGUAUAUAAGCCACCGCGAGUCCGGUCGCCAGCCCAGUGCCAGCUGGAGAGCCGCUCUCCUCUUCCUUCCUUUUCUCCCUGCGCCCUCGGAGCCUGCAGGUCCGGGACAUCCCUUUCCCUCUGGGCAGCGGUCUCUGGUGCAGCACUUGCCACCGUCACCCCCAGUCUCUCUUCUUUUCUUCCCACCUCUGCCAUUCCCAUGAAGAAGACCAACAUGUGGCUGCUAGAUCGGCUCAGAGGAUCUGGAGAGAAUGGCGCUUCCCGGGGGGCAGAUGGUGACCGGUCCUCCAAGGGUCCCCUCUACAGUAACGUGCUCACCCCCGACAAGAUCCCUGACUUUUUCAUUCCUCCCAAGCUUACCUCAGCCCCAGCUGAGGCAGAAGGGGCAGCCACAGGGUCAGGCUCAGGCUCCAGCUCCCCACACUUGGGAUCCUCAGCCUCCGAACAAAACCUGGCCUCGGGCAGCAGUGGGGCCCGAAAGGCUCAGCGAAGCCCCCGUUUGCCCGCCAAGCUGGCGGCCGAGAGCAAGAACCUGCUGAAGGCGGCCAGCCGGCACGUCAUCCAGAUCGAGAGCGCCGAGGACUGGAGGCCCGAGGAGGAGGAGGAGGCUGUGGCCACCAACGCCGACCAGGCCCAGACCGCCAUGUCCUUGCCCUACGUGCCCAAGGCGCAGACGUCCUACGGGUUUGCCACUCUGAUGGAGAGUCCCCACACGCGACGGAAGGAAUCGCUGUUCCACAGCGAGCACACGGGCCUGGCCCAGGCUGGGUCCCCCGGCGCUCUCCGGAGAGCUGGGCCCAAGGCCAAUGGGGAGGGCACUUCCCGGGCUGAAGCCCUGAUGAGCCCCUACCGAUACUUCAGCGGGGGCGAGAGCGACACGGGCUCCUCGGCAGAGUCGUCUCCCUUCGGGUCCCCCCUGCUUUCGCGCUCAGUGUCUCUGCUCAAGGUUUUUGCCCAAGACGGGCAGGCCAAGGUGAGCCAGCUGCGGCAGUCAGUGGGCCGCCACAGCUCCUUGUCCACGGAUGAGAGCUCCGCUGACGUCAGCCCCAGCGCCCGCCGCCGCGCCCGCCGCCCCGCCCCGGCAGCUCCGGAGGCCAGCGGGGAGCCCGCUUCGACCCCUCGGGGGGAGCACACGGUGCGCCUCGGCAAGCGGGGGAGCCUGCGCCUGGCCGCCGAGUACGACCCGGCCCGGGCCCGCCUGCGGGUCAGGCUGCUGGCCGCCGAGGGCCUCUACGACCGGCUCUUCGACACCCGCAGCAUCAACUGCUGUGUGGGCCUCUGUCUGACGCCCGGGAAGCUGCAGAAGCAGCGGAGUACCAUCAUCAAGAACACUUGGCACCCCAUCUUUAACGAGGACUUCUUCUUUGAUGGUCUGUGCCCCUCGAGUGCCCGCAAGCUGGCUCUCAAGCUCAAAGUAGUGAACAAGGGAGGCAGCCUGAAGAGGGAUACCCUGCUGGGGGAGAAGGAAGUGCCCCUCACAUCUCUGCUGCCUUUCUUGUGAAGGCCCUCCCCAGCCCAGCCCCAGCCCCGUCUCAGAGGAGGGGGAGGGAACCCUUCUCUGACCCAUUCCUGCCCUGGUGCUCCUCUCAGUCCCUCCCACCUUUCUGCUCCACUUGCCACCCAGGGAAUGUGGGAAAACUCCAGACCCACAGCACUGAGAGCUAGCACGCCACGGGUGAGGGACACAGGGGGCCCCAGGAGGGAUUGGGGGCGAGGGACAAAAUGGCCCUCCCACGGGGCCCCAGCUCACACCCAGACCCCCGGCUGUGCUUCAGUCCCAAGCACGAUUAAGAAACUAGAGCGUCAUUUUCCCUAAUUUAUUUGCGGGGGGGGGGCUGAGGCAACAAUGCCGGGAGAGGGUGAGAGCCCUGGAUUUGGUGUCAGAACAGUCUGGCCCCAAGUCCCAGCUUUGCCUCUUGCUCACUAGGAGACGUCAAGCACGUCUCUCCUCUCUAGCCUCAGUUUGCUCAUUGUCAAGUGAAAAUAUAAGGUGGCAAUUUGCAGGAAACCUUUCCAGGUCUAAAUCCCACAAGCUGGAUCUUCUGGUCCGAGGUCUCGCCUCCCUCCAUCUGGGAAAGGAGACUUGUGGAUAGAUGGGGAAAAGGUGAGCAGGCAAGAAACAGCCUGGGCUGUUUCUAGUGCGGAGAAGAGGAGGCAACCUCAGUUCUCUGCCUCCCUGACUACCUUCCUUCCCCAGUCCCUUUCUGCAUAGCUCUAAGUUGACUUGCUGAAGAUUUGCUUGCACUUGAGUAAUCAAGUUAGGGAGAAAAGGAUCUAGGGAACUCCCAGAGGGCCAAUGGAAGGUUCCUGGGGCUGUGUCCAAACAGUUAAUCCCAAGGGAAGGGGUUGACCCUUGGCCCUUUUGCUUUCCAUCCCGGUGGACCCCAGCUCUGCUUUCCCAGGAGCACCCAGCUGACUCCCCCAGAUCAGGAGGACACUGGAUGGGAAGCUCCCAUCUCCAGAAGCCCAUCGUAGCUCUGCUCCCUGCCCUAGGGGAUAAUGAUUAAAGGGAUGACCUCUGGGAAUGAUCAGAAGCAAAGAUCGGGUUCUAGAGCCAAGAGAGUUCUUAGAACUUAGUGGGACCCUCUAGUCCAACUCCCUUGGCUCUACAGCCGAGGAGGAGCUCCUUGAGGUCGCACAAGAGAACGUCAGGACUAGAAUGGGACUUUCUAGAUGGGACUGCUCUCCCUCCAGGAUGCUCUAGAGCUAAGCUCUGGACAAAGCCCUGGGAAGAGAAGACUGAAGAAUGUUUUCUUCCUCGUCCCCUGGGGGAUGGAGACUAUUAAGCAUGUCUGCCUGUUUCCACUCCAGCACCCCUCUGGCUCUCUGCCCUCUGCCCUCCUUUUGCCAGGGGGGUGCUUUGUCAGUAUUUAAACACCCUCUCCCAGGCCAGGGAGCUGUUCAGUCCCAGGCCCUCCUGGCCAGCCUCCUCCCCCUCCAUUAUCUCCUUCUCCAUGAUAGCGUGUCCUCUUCCCCUCGUCUCCCUGCAUGAUUCCUGGCUUCUGCCUGAGAGAGAGUGCCACGGGCCCCCCACUGUGUCUGGCCUCCGGGGCCCAUGCUUGGCUCCCCAUCCUCUUGCACACAGCAGAUGGCAGCCGUAGGCCUUGCUGUGCACAGCUAUUUAUACUUGGAGAGUGAUUGACAUCUACCCAUGUUUUAUUCUGCGUGUGUAAAUAUGUUUUGGAUACAGUCCGGGCGGGUACAAUGAUUUUCCCCCCAUGGUUUAUUUAUUUAUUUAAUUAUUUUGUGGUUCUGUGGCCUUGUCUCACGGUCCCUGAGGCAGAGGGGAUUCCCAGCUCAGCCAAGGAUUGGAAACAAUGUGGGAGGGUUACCAGGAUAACUCAAGUCCUCACCUGGGAAGGGGACCUGGCACUCCUUCCCAGCUCCUCGGAUUCUCUUAGCAGCCCUUUGGAUGGCUAGCCAACCAUCCUCAGAACUCUCCACUGGGGCCUGAGCACAAGGUCACCCAAACUCCCCAGGCAGGGAAACGGGACUAGCAAACUUGCUUGGAGGGCAAGACUGGCCAAUCCUCUCUUCCACAACUGGCCUCUGUCGCCCUUUUCUGAUUGGGGAGGAGCUCAGGACAGCCAGAGCCCCCCAUCAUAGUGGGGGGGAAGAAUUCCUGGCUCCCAGAAUCCCCCCCCAAAAAAAUCCCAGGAUCUGACCGAGGACUUCAGCCCUAUAAUUUUAGCAGUAGGGAAACUGAGGGCAGAGGGGCAAAGGGAUUUGCCUAAAGCAGCAGAGAAGGUUUUUGUCAGGCCGCCCAGCACCUAGUCCAGCAUUCAUUAUUCCUGCCACCUGUUGGGUGGCUGGGAUUAGUAAAUGAUCCUAAUCCUUCCAAUGGCUGAAAGAAGCCCACUUGGGAGGUACUGAGGGCUGAAGCCAGAGUCAAAAGGGGCUGAGCUUAGAGUGAUCCAUUCCUGAAGUCCCCCUCCCCAAAAACAGCAGCAAGUGUAUAUGGGGCACUGGAAGUGCCUGAUCCCAUUGGUGCUUGGAAAUUAACACCUCCUCAUGCCAGUGGGAAUUCUGGGUCUCUAGGUAUCUUCUUCCCUUUCUGCUCCCCAGUGAAUCUGUCUGCCAAAUGGGCAAAAAACAUCUCCACUCUUAUUCUCUCCUACAGUUGUUUUGAUGUUUUAACUUUCCUGAUAACUUUUAAAGUGAAUUCUACCCGCCCACCUAUGAGUGUGUGUGUAGUGUGUUUAUAAAUGCGUUUUUAGUGCAAUAAAGGUAUUUCCAAAACAA